AUGAACACUGAUCGACAUCGUUGGUCAUGGCGAAGUUGUUUUGCUGUUGUUAAACACAAUAAAAAAACAAAAAAACAAAUUAAUCAUCAAUCAAUUUUACAGAGAAUUAAUUCGAAUGGUAAUACACAUAAUAAACAUAUAGAAAAAAUCAACGAAAAUUCGAAUAUUGUUAAUAAAUCAAUUGAAGCAGAAAAUCCUAUUGAUAAUAAAGAUGAAUCUUGUUUAAUAUCGGAAGCACCUAUGUCAAAUGAAUAUGAUAAAUAUAUAAUAGAUAGUUCAUGCAUUAUUAAAAUUGACCCAUUAUUUAAUGAUAAUGAAAAUAAUUUAAUUGAUGGUGAUACUAUACAAAAAAUAAAUAAUGAUCAUUUUAAUUCAACAAUUAACAAUUUAAAUGUAUCAUCAACUAUAAAAUCAACACAAUUAGAUUCUAUUAUUGAACAUUAUUAUGAAGAUAAUUACGAUCAUUUUGAUCAACCAACAAAUUUAGUCAGAUUAUGUUGUGAUCGUGAAAUAGUCGAUGAUUCAAAUAAUCUUUAUUCUCGUUUAUUUGAUUUAAGUCAAAUGAAACAUGUUAUAACACAAUUUAAUGAAAAUGGAAAUUUAUUGAAUGAAUUUACAUGUCAAAUAGACAAAUUAAAAAUCAAAGCUAAUAAUAUAUUUCGAACUAGUGCUGUUAUGCCACGUGAUGCUGAAUUACUUGAAGCACGAUAUUCAACAUUAUUAUCUACAAUAGAAAUUCUUUCAUUAUUAUUAAAAAUUGGUCAAAUUCCAGCAUGUCGUUCUCUUAUAAAUCGUCUUAUAUUUUCAAUCGAACAACGUAUGGAACAACUUAAUAAACUUGUUCAACUUACAUUAAUAUCAACAGAAAAUAAUCAACAACGACGAGAUAUAAAUGAUGAAGAUUUUUUAUCAUUUCGUAGCGCUUUAUCAUCAUAUGAACAUCUUUUUACAACAUCGUAA